GUAUAUAUAGCUGAAGAAUUCCGAAGAUUUCCUUCUUUUUUCUGCGAUUAUUCUCCUUUACCUUUAGCAGUACCUCCUAAGUUGCAAGUAGUAGAGUUCAUUAUAAGCUCAUUAAGACUCGAGUAUUCACCAUGCACGUCACUCUUUCCGCCCUGGCCUUCUGCGUGAUUGGAGCAGCAGCCGCUAUCAUCCCUGCCGCGACUGAUGUUGAAGUCCGUCAAGAGGGUUCCGGUACAUGGUAUCUGAUCGGGUUCCAACCCAACUGUGGAACCUUCGGGUGUAAUUCAGACUACGCCAUCUUCGGUGCCCCAGAUGCAAUUCCAGGUGCCCCCGCUUUCGGCCUUCGAUGUAAUACCUGGGGGAGCUGCACCAACACCUUGUCUGGGUCAACUGCCAAUGCUCAUAUAGUCAUAAACCAAGGUCCUCUCACAAUCACGCAAACUUUCAGUAACGGCGGCAAGACUACCACAGCUACAGCUACUGUCAAUUGGGAUGGUUUAAGCUUGGCGUCAUUCACAAUUCCUGUGACCUACACGGUCUCUUAGGCCUUCCUUUCGUGUGAUAUAUCGGAAUAUCGUUCUGAGACUGUACCAAGCACGCUUCUCAACUGUAUUAACGACAGCUGGGGCAGCACAGACCUUGACCUGGGAAUAAAUUUAGGCAUCUAUAUUGUAGUGUCUUUGUAUUGCAAUUCGCUAUUUGGGACGGGCUGUUAAGUGCGUUUGACAAGCAAUCUGAGGAGCUAUUUU